AAUGAUUAAGUUGAUUGAUAGCGCCAUAAAAUCGUUGUUAUCGAUAAUAUGUCAUCGAAUAUUUGACAGUUCUAAUUGGCACAAAUACAAAUAUGGCACAUGUGGAGCCGCACAACGAAACCAACGAAUUACUGCGGCAGAUAGUUAAUUUAAACUUAACUGAAAAUGUAGCUGAAAUAACAACACUAUUAAAAUGUUUGCGCCUGCUGCUUACCCAAAGCCCCGAAAGUCAACGAACGUUGGCAAACAAUGCAGAAUUUGCAAGUUUCAUAAAAGAAGUUGUAUUUAACCCAAUUAUGCGCACAGAGCAACGCACGCUGCAUAUAUUAACUUUGCAGGUGCUGGCCAAUAGCGUUGUUAAUAAUGAAGAAUCCCAGUCAGCAAUUUGGCAAGCACAUGGAACACAAAUAGCCGAGCACGCGGCAAAAGCUCCAUUGGGCAGCUCAAACAAUGUGCUGCUCAUGAUUAUGUAUAAUAUAUAUAUGGGCGCACGUUUGCCUGGAGAGCAGUUGGUAUUUGAAACCUGUGUUAGCCUAUGGCAGGCCAUAAUUGAAACGCAAACGGAUUAUAAUUUUGAAUACUUGCAUUUUUUGAUGGAACACUUUGUGGUAAAGGAUGGACGCAGUUGUGUGCAUUGUUAUCAACGUCUGAAGUCUGUGGAGGAGCGUAUAACCUUUCUUGACUAUGUCGCCCACUAUUUGCGUGAGGACAGUCCAAAUGGUGAUAUAAACAACACAUUGUUACAAUUCUUUGCCAAGGAGUUUCGUUUGAAAUCGGAUUGCAUUUUACGUGAAACACUUAAACUGCGUCAUCACCUGCAUCCACGCGAAGUGCACACGUUGUUGCGCAUCAUAGCAAGUGCCAGCGGCUCAGAGAAAUAUGCGGAAACCUAUGCAACCGAUCAGUCGCUGUUCAUUAAUGUGAGCAGCCUGCUACGCUGUGUAAUUACAGCUGGUAAGGAACCAGAUAACAGCUUGGAUAAACCCAUGACAAAGCUGGAAGAAGUGGCGCUUAGCUCUAAUAUCGAUGCAGACUACGAGGCGAGAGUCUCCUUUGAGUUGAAAACUUUGCUCGUUCGCUGCACAGCGAAUUUGUUAUAUGAGAAUGUGGCUAAUAGAGGAUACUGCCUCGAUACUCAGCUGCUGCCAGCGCUGCUCGAAUGCACAGUCAUGGAUGCGCGUAAUCCUUUGAUGCGUGAGUGGAGCAUUUUGGCCAUACGCAAUGCUUGCUUUAAGUGCCCUGAAGCUCAACAGGUGAUAGCUCAGCUGACACUUCAAGGCGCUGCUCCAAAUGAUUUACUCAGCGAAUUGAAUUUAGAUUUGGGCGCACUGCGCAUCACAGACAGAAAGCAAUAGAAUCGGAGCCAAAUAAGCGCGAACAAGUGGCACGACGUCAUCCGCAUUUGGCUUUUGAAUGAUGCGCUAAAUGGUAUGCCAAAAAAACCAAAAAAAAAAAUAAAGAAAAGGAAAACGAAAAAGAAACGAAAUGAAUAUAAGAACAACUAACAGCAUUCAUAAACUCGUUGUCAACGUUUAAUAGCAAAUGCGAGCGAGCCAGCGAACGAGCGUGUGUGUUGGCAUGCUGUGCUGGCUAGCUGACUGGCUGUACGAUUUAUAUACAUAUAUUAUAUAAAUAGCUGCCCAUGGCUCUGUAGCAUUAAAAAAGAGCGAAGAUGCCUAAAUACAUCAAUUUCUAAAUUUACGCACGCACACUCAGACACACACA